AUGCCACACUCCGCGCGAGUCUGCACCGAGGGAUCCCCGCAAAUUCUAGGGUUGGCUACAGCCCAAAACUUAAAGCAGGGGCCGCUCCGGGUCGCUGAAGCCCGCAAGAAAGAUGACUGCUUCAUAAGAGAGUCCCUGAAAGUUGGCGCCUUCGCAAUCAAUGGGAUCGAGGUGCACAUAACCUAUUCUCAUCAGGCAGGCCACUUCUUCAACAUGGCCAGAGUUGCAGUUGUCAUUGUGGAUGCUUCUAAAAAGGAUUCAGAUGGGAAGGCAAUGGGAUUCAUCCUACGCGAAUUGACGAGACAGAAGGAGCAUUUCGACGAGGUGCACAUGCAUGCACGUGUCGUAGUCAAGCGCGAAGCUCUGCGAAAGAAGAGUGAAGCAGAAGUCCAACGUAUCAUCGCAGAGGAAGAGGGACGUGCGAUGGCUCUUUUGCAGGUUUGCUUCGAAAAGGAUGGGGGAAUUGUCAAUAAAGUUACGUAUGACGCCACACUUUGCGAGGAGGGCCAGCUAGAGGACUACAUCAUUGAGGUCGUGCAGAGGAAGGGGGUGGCAAUCGACGUCCUUGUGCUUGGCUUCAAAUUUGAGGACUCCAAUAGGACCAGGUUCUUGAGCAGCUUGCAUGCUGUUCCAGGUGCCGCGAUUGGCCCAGGCAAAAAGGCCGAAACUAUGCUGGAGCGCCUCUCAGAAGACGCGCAGUGCUCAGUGUUCCACGUCUACAAGGAUGGUCCCAAACUCAAACGGGUCAUGUACACUGGCCCAAGGCGGACCCUUUCAGAGGUGCCUUCAGAGGGGGAGAUUGUAGACCCCCGUGAAGCCUCCUGCAGCGGAAGCUUCCCCAGCACGCCUCGACAGCGCCCCAACGGUCUCCAAGCGUCUCUCAGCCUUCCAGGGCAGGGCCCGAUCAGCCCCCCCAUUUCGGGGCACUUCCAACCCGCCUCCUAUUCCGUCCCCCCGGGCAGCCACUUCCCCCAGUCUGCAGUGUUCCACCAAGUGCCCGGUGGCUAUGUCCCGGGGCCGCAUCUCUUCCCGGCCGUCGUAAGGAGCCCCGGUCACACCGGACCAGUCGCCCUUCCACCGGGCUAUCAAUACGUGGUGGUCCAAAAUGGCUUUUCCCCCGGUCAUGGAGGAGCGUCGGCACCUCCGCUGUACGCCUCCCACAACUCUCCGCCCCAGUUUGUGUCAGGCAACUCUUCCGCUGGAUCUCCCCACGGUUCCCCUGCACCCGGCUACGGUCACAACCAUCCGGCGGGGGGCUUCCAGCCCCAUGUUUUCGGGGGGGAGUUCGUCCCAGGCCACGUCGGGGGAUCGGUUUAUCCACCCGGUUUCGGGGCGGCGCAAGGCAGCGGUUACUCUGUCGCACAGCCGAGCGGGCUGCAUCCGAGCUCCGGGGAAGAUUCAGCCGGGCGUGCUAAUCCAGGCGAUGCCCGGCAGAGCAACGGACAGCACCUGACACAAUACCAAACCGUGCCUGCACCGCCGGCGAGGGCAAAUCAAGAGCGAGCUUCGGGGGCGCGUGAGCUGCAGGCAUAUGAAAGUUACAGUCUCCAACAGCUGACCGACGCUACAAACGGCUUCAGCCGAGAACUAGGGGGUGGCGGAUUUGGGACGGUGUACCUAGGCACUCUCAUGGGUACACAGGUGGCCGUCAAGAAGAUGAACCCCGAGGGACUUCAGGGCCCGGAGCAAUUCGAGUGCGAGGUGAAGCUGCUCACCACGCUGCGCCACCGGAACAUCGUCAUCCUGAUGGGCUGCUGCCCAGAGGCGUUCUGCCUCGUCUACGAGUACUGCGCCCAGGGAUCCCUCGAGACCAGGCUGGCCGACGAGACCCGCCCCCUGCCGUGGUUCGCCAGGGUGCGGAUCAUGCUGGAGAUCGCGACAGCUGUCCUGUGGAUGCACAAGCACGGCUUCAUCCACUGCGAAAUUAAGCAGGCCAACAUGCUGCUGGACGAGAGCGACACCGCCAAGCUGGGCGACGUGGGCAUCUCCAGGAUGAUCCCCUCGCGGGAAGCGCGGACCGCCCGGCUCACGGGGGCGCUGACGGAGGGCCUGCGGACGAACUCCACCGUCCGGGGCUCCUUUGGUUACGUGGACCCAGCGCUGUUCGACGGCUACCCCCUCGAGGCACGCAGCGACGUGUACGCGCUCGGUGUGUGCCUGCUGCAGCUGCUGACCAAGCGGGCUGCGGGCGCCGUGAAGCGGGAGGUGAAGCAAGCGUACGUCAGCAGGACCAUGCCCGGGAUUCUGGACCGGAGCGCGGGAGACUGGCCCCUGGAGACCGUGGUUGAGGAUCUAACAAACCUUGGCCUCCGGUGCACCGAGUAUGACCAAGACAAUCGACCAGACCUGGAGUCCGAGAUCAUUCCGGUUCUGUCCCGCCUGAAUGACCUGGGGAAGGCAGCCGAGCGCCAGGAACUAGAGAGCCUGCGCCGCGCGGCCGCGAAAAUGGCCGCCCUCCGAGCGCCCGGGGCGCGCCCCCGGGACAACAGUGACAUCAUGGAGAGUAACUUCUGCUGUCCGAUCAGUCAGGAGAUCAUGGAAGAUCCGGUCGUGGCGGCUGAUGGGCACACGUACGAGAGGAGCCAGAUCCAGACGUGGCUGGCAAGGUACCGCACGUCUCCCGUGACGGGCGCGCCUCUGCCAAACACGAACCUGCUUCCCAACCAUACCGUCAAAAGCGCAAUCUUGGAGUGGAGGCAAAGAACCGGGGGCUAGAUUGGUCGAGGAUAAGAAGGGCUGGAAUGGAUGAGAUGGCCCACUACUGGUUGCAACUAUUGUUUCCAAAAUAUUUCAUUGAUGACCCUUUCCCAGAGCAGAAAGUUGUGGCGCUCAAACGAGCCUGGGUGGGCAAAGACCCUAAGGGGUUGUAGAUACUGGAACGGGCCCGGACUGUAGACAAAUAUUGUACCGUUGUAUGUAUGAUUAGUACGGGGUUAUUGCAACAAACAAUUCUAGCUAGAAGUGUUUGGCAAAGACGAAGCCCAAAGCCUGUAUAUUGUAAGAAAGAGCCACGGUCGGCUCCAUAGUGAUGAACAGUGGCUCUCGAGCUACAGUAGUAUUGUGCGUAUAUCAGUGGGACUAGUAAAAGGUUGAAGUUGCCAGUACUACAAGGCGCCGUAUCUAUAUCACGUUGCCAGGAGUCCUGGAAGACGUUGACAGUGAGUGACGCAAUCACCUGACAGAUGUCUGUACUUAUUUGAAAGAGAAAGCUGUAACAGUUUGUAGAGGCAGUUAAAAUCCACGUUCACACGUCAAUCAAUUGAUC